UAUUUCGCGUUUCCACAAACCCAAAGAGAUGACUUUAAAUGUACCCUACAGUUAGUCUAGUACUAGUGUUCCAUGUUUCUGUAUUAAAUAAGGGUACAUUUACAGUGGAGAAAUCUCUUUUCAGAUGUAAAACCGAGGAAUAGCAAGGCGUCGUCCAUACGAAGACGAACGAACCUGCAAAUCAUUUUCAACCACACCUCAAUAAUACCGUUUAAAUGGAGGGGCAAAUAUAGAUGCUUCUACUGCAGUGUAAACAUUACACAGUACAGUGAAUUAAGAAAACACACGAAAUCCCACGGCGAAUGUUCGCUUGAAGACCAUUCGAUUAAAAUUAUUAAAGGCGGGCACAAUAUGGAAGUCAAAAUCGAUAUAUCCGACAUGACUUGCGAAAUUUGUACAGAGAAUUUCGAGAAAUUCGAAGAUAUAGUUAAACAUUUAACCGCAAAGCAUAAUCUGCUUUACGACAACAGCAUAGAGACGGUUUUGGAACCGUACCGACUGGUUGAUACGACCUGCCACCUGUGUCUUGAAAAAUUUACCUAUUUCGGCUAUUUGGUGUCGCAUAUGAACACGAAUCACCCGAAAAACUGCCACGAGUGUGAAACGUGCAAGCACAAGUUUAACAAGCGAAGGGAUUUAUUCUCCCACAUAAAAAACUACCAUCGCGAGGGCGGCUACAAGUGUGAAUACUGCCCACAUAAGUUUAACACGCUCAACAUACUUCGGAAGCACCAAACGAAUGUGCAUCUGACUCGGUGUACGAAAUGCUUUUUAAAACUACCAUCAGCGGCGCUCAAACAGAAACAUAUGGAGCAGGAGCAUCCAGAAGACGACAGCCUGCAAUGUCAAAAUUGCAACAAAGAAUUCCACACAAAACUAGGCCUCAAAAUGCAUACGCGAAAAUGCAACGCUGAAGAGCAGAUUCUAGAAGCUGUGAAAAAUGAAAACGAACCUUACGACUCAACUGACAAUGUCGAAGAUGGAACGGUUAAACGGCAAAGCGUCAAGCAAAUCAAAGAGAAUAUAGUCGCAGUCCUAAACAUGUCGACAGCAAUACCUUUUAGUUUCUACAAGAAUAAAUUCAAUUGUUUCUAUUGCUCGGAAGAUUUCCCCGAUUCGGAUUCCAUGCGUGAUCACACGAUCAAAGCCCACCCCGUGUGCGAUGUCAAAUCUAAAUGCAUCAAAAAGUGUAGGGAGUCCAAUGUGACCGUCAAAAUUGAUAUAUCCUCUCUAGCCUGCAAAGUUUGCUUCGAACCCAUGAAUACGUUAGACAUCUUAACCGAUCAUUUGAUUUCCAAACACAAUGCUAAUUAUGACAAAUCAAUAACAACUUGCCUACAGCCGUACCGACUCAUCAAAGAUCACAUGGCGUGCCCUCACUGCCCCGAAGUUUUCAGAUUCUUUGGCACCUUGCUAAAGCACAUAAACUCCCAUCACACAAACAAUAAUAUAAUAUGCGUGUAUUGUGGCCAAACGUUUCGUAAAGAGCAGAAUCUACGCGUCCACAUUUGGCGACACCAUAAGGAGGGUCAGUUUAAAUGUACGAUUUGUGACUGCGAAUGUGCGAUGCCUUCUAGACUUUACAUGCAUAUGGCGAAAGUCCACGGGGUCAAAGCGGCUAAAUGCUCAAAGUGUGGCGAACAAUUCGCGACCCAAUACCUGAGGCAAAAGCAUCUCAUAGACGCUCACAACACCGGCCACAAAUGCUCAUAUUGUGGCAAACUUUUCGUCAGAAACUCCUUCAUGAAAGAUCAUAUCAGACGGACGCAUUUGAAAGAGAAAAACGUGGACUGUUCCGUUUGCGGGAUGAAGUUCUUUAAUAACAUUCUGUUGCGUCGCCACAUGAUCAAGCAUAGUGGGGAGAAGAAUUUCCACUGUGAUAUUUGUGGGGAAAGGUUCUUUUGGAGAAAGGGUCUGGUGCGGCAUAUGGGAAGGCAUAACAAGCCAAAUGUUGCACCUAUGUAAAUUAAAUCCUAA